UCGAUCACUCUGCAUCUUUCUUCUUUCCUGAGGCAGAUUAUUCACACGAGGGAAACUACAGCUGUGUUUAUGAAGUCAUACUGUCCUCACGCACCUUCCGUUCAUCUGCCUCUGAACUGCUGGUCAUCACUAUCACAGUGCACUUGCAGCAGCCCAGCAUUCCCCGCAUUGCUCCUGAUGGACAGUUUGAUGUUGGGCCUCAGGGGCCAAUGAUCCCAUGGGGCGACAGUUUCACUAUCAUCUGUUCCACUGAAUCUCAGUAUCCUGGAGGCUCCUUCUACCUGUUUAGAGAAUCAAAUAUCGCCAAAAGUCAGUCAGCUGUCGAUCACUCUGCCUCCUUCUCAUUUCCUGAAGCAGAUUAUUCACACGAGGGAAACUACAACUGUGUUUAUGAAGUCAGUGUUUCCUCACGCUCCUUCCGCUCAUCUGCCUCUAAACUGCUGGUCAUCACUAUCACAGUGCACUUGCAGCAGCCCAGCAUUCCCCGCAUUGCUCCUGAUGGACAGUUUGAUGUUGGGCCUCAGGGGCCAGUGAUCACCAGGGGUCACAGUUUCACUAUCAUCUGUUCCACUGAAUCUCAGUAUACUGGAGGCUCCUUCUACCUGUUUAGAGAAGCAAAUAUCACCAAGAGUCAGUCAGCUGUCGAUCUCUCUGCCUCCUUCUCAUUUCCUGAGGCAGAUUAUUCAUAUGAGGGAAACUACAGCUGUGUUUAUGAAGUCAUUUUGUCCUCACGCUCCUUCCGUUCAUCUGCCUCUGAACUGCUGGUCAUCACUAUCACAGUGCAAUUGCAGCAGCCCAGCAUUCCCCGCAUUGCUCCUGAUGGACAGUUUGAUGUUGGGCCUCAGGGGCCAGUGAUCACCAGGGGUCACAGUUUCACUAUCAUCUGUUCCACUGAAUCUCAGUAUCCUGGAGGCUCCUUCUACCUGUUUAAGGAAUCAAAUAUCACCAAGAGUCAGUCAGCUGUCGAUCUCUCUGCCUCUUUCUUCUUUUCUGAGGCAGAUUAUUCACAUGAGGGAAACUACAGCUGUGUUUAUGAAGUCAUUUUGUCCUCACGCUCCUUCCGUUCAUCUGCCUCUGAACUGCUGGUCAUCACUAUCACAGUGCACUUGCAGCAGCCCAGCAUUCCCCGCAUUGCUCCUGAUGGACAGUUUGAUGUUGGGCCUCAGGGGCCAGUGAUCACCAGGGGUCACAGUUUCACUAUCAUCUGUUCCACUGAAUCUCAGUAUACUGGAGGCUCCUUCUACCUGUUUAAGGAAUCAAAUAUCACCAAGAGUCAGUCAGCUGUCGAUCUCUCUGCCUCCUUCUCAUUUCCUGAGGCAGAUUAUUCACACGAGGGAAACUACAGCUGUCUUUAUGAAGUCAUUUUGUCCUCACGCUCCUUCUGUUCAUCUGCCUCUGAACUGCUGGUCAUCACUAUCACAGCCUCCCUGCUUCCUGUCAUUGGUGCUGUGGUGUCAGCUGUGCUGCUCUUAUUGUCUGUCCUCAUAAUCAUCCUCCUGGUCAAGAGAAGACAAAAAUAAAAGAAUAAGGAAACUCAUUUGAAGUGCUGUUUUAAAAAAAGGACAACAAAAAUGAAGAUGAUGAUGAGGCUGAUUAUGAAAAUGUAGAAUCUAAUGGUAAAAAACAUGGAUCAUGAUGACUCUGAAGAGGACUAUAUCAAUGUGAAUGUUACAGAGAAUAAAAGUGUGGUACACAAAUCUGAUGAUAACAUUUAUGAAAGCUAUGAAUAGGCCUAUUGAGUGAUCCCAAAAUGCUGUAAUUAAUGAGGCUUCAAACAGAUUAAAUAUUGCAGCCAAGUCCGGUUGACAGUGAAUGAAAGAAACAUAUGCUACUUUAUGGUUUAUAUGAACAAAUGUAAGUAAAAAAAAAAAAAAAAAAAAAAAAAAGAACAAAUUUAAAAGGGUGUGUUUAAUUCUAAUACUAGUAGGAGUAUUAAGUGCUCUUCCAUUUUCAGUUGUGUUGCCAGUUUUCAACCUGUGCUCCAAACCCCCAGUGGGCCAUGUAGGUACUGCAGGGGGACUGUAAAUAAUGAUUUAAAAUAUAAUUUGUCAGAGCUAAAUAUCGUAAUAUUUUAAAAUAUUAGGAUCUUGAACAUAUUACAAAAUAGGUAAUUAAGUUGCAAUUUUAAAUUUUGCUGUGUUUUGCUGUAUAAGAGCUAAAGUUUGGGCUAAGAAGUGUAACCUCCACGUAGCUAAACAUUUUUUUCUUUUUCUUCGUAAACCGCUUUGGUGCGAAGAUUUGAAAAUACAGUCUAUCAUUUUCGUGAGUCCUGUAGGCCUAGUGUAAUUCGUAAGUGAACGUGCCGAUACAAAAACAUUGACAGAGCUGUUUUCAGCAUAGACAACAUUGAGAAUGAAUGUUGUACAUAAAUGUAAUGAACCUGGUAACCUGGCUUUCUUUGAUGACUUUCAGAAAAUUAAUAGUUAAAAACAAAAGAAAGUCCCGCACACAAUCAGAGCUUACAAAAGUAUCAAAAAAAAAAAAAAAAUGUAUUUAUCACAACGUUUCAGUCCCAUGACCUUCAUCAGGCAUAGCCUAUAUUCAGUCAUGAACUCAUUAUACAUUGCUUAACAAAUUAACCCAUUUAAUCCCACCGGUCACUAUUGUGACCACAAAUUUUCCUCACAUAUUUUGGUGUGGUAUUAAAAAGCAACUCUUAUUAUGAAGCACAUGUUCAUUUAUAAUGCAAAUUUAAGAUGUCUGCAUGAGUUCUGGGCAGGUCUAACAUUAUUGUGUAGUUUGGUCAUGUGACCACACACAUUUAUUUCCUGGUACUGCCAUCUUAACACGAUGAUGGCGUUAAAGCUCAGAAAUGACAGUUAUGUUUUCUAAGUAAAUUUUUGAAUAGCUCAUACAUUUUUUGCACACAUCAUCAUGAAAGGGUUAUCUAUACAUACAUUUUGAAAUUAUAUUAAUACAUAGUUUAUUCUGUUGUCAGACUGCAGAUAAAUGAAGACGGUCACAACUGUGACCGGUGAUAUAACACAGGGAGUCUAUGUCCCCUAUAUGUUAUUCUCAUAAACUCUAUUUCAGACUGACCGUAAGUCAAGUUUUGGAUUUACUUGAUCCUUGGUGACAUCCGUCCGUCCGUCCAUCUAUCUAUCUGUCUGUCCGUCUAUCUAUCUGUCUAUCUAUCUAUCUAUCUAUCUAUCUGUCUGUCUGUCUGUCUGUCUGACUAUCUAUCUAUCUAUCUAUCUAUCUGUCUGUCUAUCUAUCUAUCUAUCUAUCCGUCUGUCUGUCUGACUAUCUGCCUGUCUGACUAUCUGUCUGACUAUCUGUCUGUCUGACUAUAAAACACUAAUUUCAUCUAUUUAACCCAAUCUUUAAACUAAUUGCUGGAGGUUUGUCAUUUUUUAAAUGCAUUGACACCAUAGAAUUAAACUCCCUGUGUUCUACCACCGGUCACUUUUGUGACCGGUCAUAAAACCCAAUUUUUCAUGGACUUUUCAAUAUUUUUUUUUACAUGAUUGACAUUGAUUGUUUAAUAUCCUUACAAAUACCAUACAAAUUCAUACAUGUCAUCUCUGGGAAAAAUUUGGGAUUAAACGGGUUAAACCAAUAACAGAAUGUAAAAUUCAUUGUUUAUUUACGUUGCUUUUUGUGAAUGUCCUUUACCUCCUAAAGAAAAUGCCUUCAAACCUAAGGCAUUCUAAGAAAUCUAAACAUAAUUAUCAUACUAGACUAAAUAAUAUAAUAUAAUAUAGCCUAAUAGUGAAUGUAACAGCUAAUUGUGUAUGUAAUAGCUAAUAUAAUAUGGCUAAUUGUGAAUGUAGGUUGCAAAGUAUUCAUGUCUUCAGUGUUGCUCUGACAUAUUUUUGCUUGAAAGAAAGAACUCAAAGCGGAAGUUGUAAACAAUUUAUCCAACCCAUAGACAUUAUAAUAAACUAUGGUCGUUACGGCUGCGACGCGGCUACCGGAGCUGAUACGUGGCCACUCUAGUCAAUGCUCGUGUUUACACCAGCCGCACCGCGGUGCGUUUUAGAAGCGGCCCAGAAGCGGCUCGCCACGCCGCUUCGCUAAAGAUAGGCGCCUCGCAGCUAAAAUACAAAAUAAAGUUAAAAUAAUCACCCUGUGUAAACUCCCGCUCAUAUUUCACAUCACUAGGAGGCCAGAAACUGACGACAAGAGAUUCGAAGUUGAAAAACUUCUUGUUGUCCAUAACUGGACUUUUAACUAAGUCUGUAGGCUACAGCAAAAUGGCAUAUCAAUAAACACAAUCAAACCGGACGCUUCUAAAACGCCCCGCGGCGCGGCUGGUGUAAACAAGAGCAUUGACUAGAGUGGCCGUGUAUCAGCUCCGGUAGCCACAUCACAUUUUACAUAAGCAUUAAGUGUGAAUAACUCCUUAUAGGCAUGAAUAGAACAGUGUGGCUCUUAUAGAAAAUAACAAGAUAGUACGUGACUACAACAGAUUAAAAACAGGAAAAGAAGAACUUAAAAACAGAACAAGAGAUCAAGGAGAAACAAAGCAAAACACUUUCUUCUUAACAAUGGCCACUUUAAGUCAUUUAUGACUUAGUGUUUUGCUUCAUCCUAAUUCUAAGGCAAAGGCUGUUUUUACAGGUGUAGUACCUGAACAUAUUACAAGCAAACUACAUUUAAAACAUUCAUUCUAGUUAGCAGAUACAUAUCUUCUUGUUGCUCCAACAGUAGUCUUCACAGCCCUUUGGACUGUUGACAUAAUACAUGGAUCAAAGACAAAGCAAAAUGAAUGCAAACAACACAAUCAUUAUUAUCAUCACAUAAUAUUCCACGUUCACAAACAUUCCUGUAAUUCCUUCCCACCAGUCUUCUCCAGUUACUUCUCUAUUCUAGUCUUUCCAUUAUUCUUGUAAUAUUUUGUAUCCCUUACUAAGAGGGAUCAUUGGGUGUGUGGAAUAUUGUUGGGCGUACAUUGUUGGCUACAACUUGCUUUUUCUGCUGCACUCACUGAUAUAUACAUGGUCUGUGUUAGUUUAAUAUUGCUAGUCGUCAGUGAGUCACAAUCAUUCAUGCUUACUCUACUUAUAUUGCCAAACUAAGAAGUGUUCUCUUCUUCUGAUUUUACUUCCUUCACUACUCCUGUGACCCUAUCCAAUAAUAUUCCUUUUCUCAAUUGAGCAUAUGCGAAUAAAGUGGUUUGUCCUAUAACAUGAUUUCUACAAUUUGCAUAGGUCACUGUUAUGGCUACAACUGAUGGGUCAUCUUGCUUCUACAAACCCAAUUCCAAAAAAGUUGGGACACUGUACAAAUUGUGAAUAAAGAAGGAAUGCAAUGAUUUUGAUUCGUCUGACCACAGAACAGUUUUCCACUUUGCCACAGUCCAUUUUAAAUGAGCCUUGGCCCAGAGAAAACGCCUGCGCUUCUGGAUCAUGUUUAGAUAUGGCUUCUUUUUUUACCUAUAGAGUUUUAACCAGCAACGACGAAUGGCACGGUGGAUUGUGUUCACCGACAAUGUUUUCUGGAAGUAUUCCUGAGCCCAUGUUGUGAUUUCAAUUACAGUAUCAUUCCUGUAUGUGAUGCAGUGCCGCCUAAGGGCCCGAAGAUCACGGGCAUUCAGUAUGGUUUUCCGGCCUUGACCCUUACGCACAGAUAUUGUUCCAGAUUCUCUGAAUCUUUGGAUGAUAUUAUGCACUGUAGAUGAUGAUAACUUCAAACUCUUUGCAAUUUUUCUCUGAGAAACUUUCUGAUAUUGCUCCACUACUUUUCGCCGCAGCAUUGGGGGAAUUGGUGAUCCUCUGCCCAUCUUGACUUCUGAGAGACACUGCCACUCUGAGAGGCUCUUUUUAUACCCAAUCAUGUUGCCAGUUGACCUAAUAAGUUGCAAAUUGGUCCUCCAGCUGUUCCUUAUAUGUACAUUUAACUUUUCCGGUCCCAACUUUUUUGGAAUGUGUAGCUCUCAUGAAAUCCAAAAUGAGCCAAUAUUUGGCAUGACAUUUCAAAAUGUCUCACUUUCAACAUUUGAUAUGUUAUCUAUAUUCUAUUGUGAAUAAAAUCUAAGUUUAUGAGAUUUGUAAAUUAUUUCAUUAAUUUUUUAUUCACAAUUUGUACAGUGUCCCAACUUUUUUGGAAUCAGGUUUGUACCUACCCUUCUGCAUGCCCAACUUGAGGAUGUAUUAGUAAAUGAAAAUGGGGCAAUGCACUUAAAACCUGUGACCUGUUCAUCCAAAGACUCAGGAAUUCUAUGUGUAUGGGCAGGUUUGCAAGUAGCCAGUUUUAAUUUAGACCUAAAUGGUGUCAAGGGAACCUUUGAUUACCCAGAGUAGCUAUGUAUUGUAAUCUUUUGCCUGCAGGUGGCCCCCACACCACUGUAAGGUAUGGUUUUUCUGCAUAAGCUGGGCUUUUCUGCUGGCACAGGAGAAAACAGAAAAACAUCAAACAAUCAAACUCUCUAAAAUCAGAUCCAUGUAAUUUUAAAUCUAUUCUUAACUUGCUGCUUUUUCUGGCCAUAUUUUAUAUUCACAAGUGUAAAUUUUCAAAGAAAACUUCUUUUUUUUAUUUUCAAGAAAGAUUUUGAUAUGUAUUUAAAUUCUUUGAAUAACUCUAAAAAAUUCUAAGGCAGACUCUGCAAUGGUGUAAAUCAUAUAAGCUAUUUUAGCUUUCUUUGUUUUUUGUUUUAUGUAACCCUCUGCUCCUUUGUUUAUUAUUGUAUUGUAUUGUUCAUUACUGUCUUGUCUUAUAUUUGUUAUUGCAUAAUAAUAAAUAUAUAUAGAGAGAGAGAGGUAAGAAUCACAAGUUACUCACAGUGUAUUAGCCUGUGAUGUUUAUGAAGUAUUUUGAAAUAGCCUUUUUAGAACAUCUUAACUGGCAACACUGACACUGUGGAACGUUUUUGCUAGAGUUAACUGCUUAUUUAAGUUAACUUUAUUUUCUUUAAAUAAAUGUAAGCUUUUGUAAUGUUGUUUUAA